CUGAACUUGAAACGAAUUUCGAAAAUGAGGCUGACCUUGAGCUUGUGGAGGCUUUUUCCCAGUCGGGUUCAUUUAGUACCAUCCUUUGGAAUACCUGGGAAUAUCAGAACUUUCUCCAGUACUACUAAUGUGAUUACAAAUGCCAAUUUGGAAGCUCCUGCUGGAUCAAAACACUUUCUAGGCCUAGGGUUUCAUAAAGAACUCCCAAAGGCUUGUUAUGGUGGCCGCCAUACUGUUGCGAUGCUUCUUGGAGAUGGUGUUGGACCCGAACUUCUAUCAUACGUCAAAGAAGUUUUUCAAGUUAUUGGGGCUCCGAUAGAUUUUGAAGAAGUUGCCGUAAAUCAAGAAUCUGAAGAUGCUACGUUUACUGAUGCUCUACUUGCUAUGAAACGCAAUGGUGUUGGAAUCAAAGGAAAUUUUGCCACAGAACCAGGUCAAUCGUCAAGAAAUGUAGCUCUUCGUUUAAACCUGAAUUUAUAUGCCUUUGUCCAACGAUGUCGAAACUUUCCAGGUGUGGUUACACGUCAUCAAAAUGUUGAUAUCGUUAUAAUACGAGAGAAUACAGAGGGUGAAUAUAGUCGGUUGGAGCACGAAAAUGUUCCUGGAGUGGUAGAAUCUUUGAAGAUUAUAACUAGAGAAAAAUCCACUAGAAUUGCUCAAUUCGCAUUUGAUUAUGCCGUUCGACAUAACCGAAAAAAAGUCACAGCAGUACACAAAGCCAAUAUCAUGAAAUUGGGUGAUGGUCUAUUUUUGGAUGUAUGCUCUUCAAUCGCUAAAAAUUAUCCACAGAUUGAAUUCAAUCAUAUGAUCAUUGAUAAUACAUGUAUGCAGUUAGUUACUAAACCUCAACAAUUCGAUGUGAUUGUUUUACCAAAUUUAUACGGAAAUAUAGUUGGUAAUGUAGCAGCUGGCUUAGUCGGUGGAGCUGGUCUAACAACAGGCAUAAAUUUAGGUCCACAAAAUGCUUUGUUUGAAAUGGGCACACGAAAUUCCGGACGUUCAUUAGCUGGAAAAAAUAUUGCUAAUCCAUGUGGUAUGUUGCUAACAUCAGCAGAUAUGUUAGAAUAUUUAGGUAAGUUUAUUAAUUUUCUUUUAAAUUUGCAAGAUUUUGAUAAUUUGUUACUGAAUAAUAUUUAAAAAGUAUUAGUUAAGGAUUAUUCGAUACUAAUAAUACCAUUCCAAGGCAGUGUAUUGAAUUUGCUUGAAUAAUAAUUACUGCGCCGUACAAAUCUCAUUCGAUUUGUGUGAGAGCUGUGGUACUGCACGGUUGCUCGAACCGAAGCAGGUGAUUUUCUUAAGGAGACACACCCCGAGCCUAUGACUUAAAGGUCUGCAUCACAAGGAAGUGGAGCGACGUCUGGUGAUGCAGUCCCAUGAUAGCCGGUGACCAAAAAUUGAUUCAUACGCCAUUUGUUCCUUCAGGAUACUGGAGCCCAUGUGCACCAUUGGUUUGGAAUCAGGGUUUUCCAACUCCGCUAGGUGAACUUUCCGUGUCCACCAACCCGGUUGAAGCGCCAGACAUUCGCUUUCCGCCCUUUCAAUUUCGUAAACAACAGUAAUACCACGAAAAGGCAGUGAGUAGGACAUCCCUGGCAGAGGCUAUAUACGCUUGGCCAUGUGAGAGUAUUUCGAGAGGGAGAGCGGACUCUCCACACUCUUGACUGUACCAGGGCAUUUGGGGGCUUGUAAAAAUUUAUAUAUUAAAUGGACCAAAUAAAUAAAAUGGUAUAUUUGUAUAUUAUCAUUUUCAAUCAUAAGUCUGUUAAAUUUAUGGUUGUUUUCUGUACUUUUUCAAGGUCAUAUUAAAGAAGCUAAUCUUAUUCGUGAUUCAGUUGUUGAUGUUAUUGGUGAACAAAAAAUACGUACAGCUGAUUUGGGUGGUAGUUUUAAAACGAGUAAAGUGAUUGAAGCAGUUUUGAAAAGUUUAAGAAAUCAAUUGGCAUCGUGAUACUGCAAAUAAUUGGAAACUACUGCGUUUUUACUUAGCACAUAUAUUUAAAUUAUCCAUAUAGUUUUCAGCACUGUACGCGGUAAUUUGGUCUUUCUUCACUCCUGUCCUAUCUUCAGGUUAACACAUUUAGUGAAACGAAUUCAUAUCCAUGUUAUCGUAUAAAUUAUAUACGUUCACUUUGAAAUAUGCUUUAAAUAUAUAUAUUUCAAGAAUAGUGGGAUGCACCUGUCUUCUAAUCUCUAGUAAAAGAAUGUUGUUAGCAGGUAACUAAUUAUAAAUCCCGUCGCCUAUCAAUUAUCUCAGUCAAAAAGUCCACAUUCUCCACUUUUCUUAAAUCGACUCAGUUACUUUGUGAAUUGGCGGAAUGUAUACAAUCAACCACCUUGAUGCUGCCUUCAUAACAGCUUUCUUUUUAGCUAUUGCUGUAAUUAACAUUGUGCCUGAUUAUCUUUCUAAGAGAACCACUUGAUAGAGCAAUAAUCGCAUUUUUCUCAUUAAUAAUAAUAAUCAAUACACGGAUAGAAAUUUCAUAAAUAUCGGGAGUAGUAUUAGUUCAAAAAUAAAAGUUGACUUUAAAACCGUCAUUGAAAGUUACCAUCCAGGGCAGACCACUAACAAAUAGACGUGUACGACGUCAUCAUAUUUAAGUAACUAAAUAUGACAUACCAACUUGUAAUGUAUUGUAGUGAUCAAAGACUUUGCGGGUAAAAUCAAUUUAUUGUUUAAUGCAAAAUUACAGGGUUCUUUGGUAAGUGAAAUGAAAAUCAUACAUUAAAUACUUCAUUUGUAAAUCUCCCACCAGUUAUGUAUUACAUCCUGUAUGCUUCUUCCAAUUCUUCAGUUCAAUCUUCUCAACUUUCCUUUGACAAGUAUUGCACUCCUGAUUGGUGUUACAUACUACUAAUGUCGACAGACAUAAGUAGUAUACACCACAGUACGCUCAGAUUCUUACACCUGUUUUUGGUAGUAAUAGUAAACACAACAUACUCGUUAGUGGAGUUUUGUAAGCUGAACUAAACAACCCUGUUCAAACUAACAUCAUUCGAUCAGAUAAAUACUACUUACUGUCCUACGUUAGGACAACAUGUUUGCCAAUAAUAAAAAUUGUUACGUCAUAAACAAAUAUUACUUAAGAAUAAGAAUUUCAUAUGAUAAAGUUCAAGUAUAUUAGUAAUAUGGUGCUUAUACUUGUAGCCUUAAGCGACGCCAAAAAUGAGUGUGGAAUUUUGAUGACUUAUAAAAUAAGAGUCUUUCGCCAAAAACUUAGUUUUCCAUUUAUCUUCGAUGAUAAAGGUUUAUCAUCAAUUCGAGAGGCAUAAUCAAUUUUCCGAUUCAUCAAAUAUCAAGUAAAUAAGUUCCGAUACGUCCGUCUCUUUUUUUCAAGAAACAGAUAAGAAAGAGAAUAUUCCAACAAGUGCUCCAGUUAGGGAUUUCCAUUUAUUUAUCAUCAUGGUAGGUUGUAAACAUUUCAUAGUCCCACGUGAGGACAUACAUUUAGAAAAUAAGUGACCCAAGCAUUUGAACAGACGCUGGCCUUUUUCGAUUCCGUACACAAAAGAAUAACGGAUUGUAAGUUAAUCCUAAUUGAAUUGGUAGUAAAAUGUAGUUCUGUCAGUAUGUUUAUUGUAACUCCAAGAAUCAUUUAUAAAAAUUACUGUAUUUGCAUAAAAAAAGGAGAUGAACAAUAGAGAAAUAAAGUAUCUCGAAAUAACAUUACAAGUUAGUUAAGGUAAAGUGUAUUUAAUCAUUAUCAUGAGUAAGGCGGAUUUACAGUAUGCGGAAAGCGGGAUAAAAAAGAUAGAGAAUUUUAAUCAUAUCUACAACGAUGACCACAACCAGUUGGACAUUCUGAUCUCCUCAUAAGCCAAGCCUAGAAUUGUGGAUGAUAUAUAAUAGAC